UAUGUUCUCGCCUUGCCCUCUGAUUUCUUCGGGGCAAACUCAAUGGUUGGGUUUGUUUUGGCAUUUUGUAGGAAGAAGAGACGUUCAAGCAAACUCACUUCUUCUUUACGAGUCUUUCUCAAGAAUUUUCUUGUAUUCAUAGUAUAAAUUACUGAGAGAAGGCUAGAGACUUUUGCAGAAGUACUUAGUUUCUAAUGAAAUCUUCUCUCUGCAAAUUGAAGAUUUGGGUAUGGACAUUCUUACAUUCAAUGUCACUACAAGUCAUCGUACUGCACAUUUUGGGUCUAAAUUAGUUGAUAAGACCAAAUAUUCAUGUAAAUCAAAGGUCUCCACUAUUAUAAAACCUCAAGUUUUCUGCGCGAGAAUUGAUCAGAGUUGUGGGUUGUUAAGAUUUUCAAGUUCUAAUAAGUUCUUAGAUUAUCCUAAAAAAAUUGAAGUUUCUAAGAAACAUAACGCCCUUAAAGGCAUCAAAGUUGUUAAUUCAAAGGUUUUGAGUGGAAACUACAAUGGUUAUGUGAUUGAAGCAGAUGAAGAUAUGGAGAGUGUCUCUGGAAGUGGAGAAUCAACACCUGAGAUUUUGAUUCCUGGGUUGCCAAAUGAAUCUAGUGGAGAAUGUGGUGCUCCCAUAAAUAGUUGUUUUUGGGAAUGGAAGCCAAAACUUUAUGUGCAUUAUGAAAAAGCUGGAUGUGAAAAUGUCAAAUCUCCACCGGUGCUGUUUCUUCCUGGUUUUGGCGUUGGCUCCUUUCAUUUUGAAAAUCAAUUAAAGGAUUUGGGCCGAGACUAUAGAGUAUGGGCAAUUGAUUUUCUUGGGCAAGGCAUGUCCUUGCCAGUUGAGAAUCCCACCCUGCAGUUAAGGGAAGGAGAUAUUUUAGAAGGGAAGAAUUCCUUUUGGGGAUUCGGAGAUGAAACUGAACCAUGGGCCAAUGAACUUGUUUACUCCAUGGAUUUAUGGCGGGAUCAAGUUCGCUAUUUCAUAGAAGAGGUAAUUGGGGAACCAGUUUAUGUUGUGGGGAACUCACUAGGAGGAUUUGUUGCAAUAUACUUUGCAGCAAGUAACCCACAAUUGGUGAAAGGCGUUACAUUGCUCAAUGCAACCCCGUUUUGGGGAUUUCUGCCCAAUCCAAUAAGAUCCCCACGACUAGCAAGGAUAAUUCCAUGGUCCGGAACAUUUCCUCUGCCUGCAAGUGUGAGAAAGCUUACCGAGUUCUUUUUUGUUGGUUGUACAUUUUCCAGUUGGCAGAAAAUAAGCGAUCCAAAAAGCAUAGCGCAGGUACUUAAACAAGUUUAUGCAGAUCAUUCUACAAAUGUCGAUCAAGUUUUUUCUCGUAUUCUUAAGAUAACACAACAUCCUGCAGCUGCGGCAUCAUUUGCUUCAAUAAUGUUUGCUCCACAGGGACAACUAUCAUUUCGGGAGUGUCUAAUGAGGUGUAAAAUGAACAAUCUUCCCAUCUGUCUAUUGUAUGGGAGAGAGGAUCCCUGGGUGAAGCCCAUCUGGGGCCUUCAGGUGAAACGACAGGUUCCUGAAGCUUCAUAUUAUGAGAUCAGCCCAGCUGGGCACUGCCCUCACGAUGAAGUUCCGGAGGUUGUGAAUUAUUUAAUUCGUGGAUGGCUUAAACACAUUGAAUCUAGUGGUUCGAUUGCACUGCCUUUGCUUGAUGAUCCAGAACGCAGCAUUUUUAGAGACUUAGAAUUUACAAGAGGGGGGUCACAAAAAUCAGUAAAAAUUCGGUUACUGGGAUCAAGUUUCUCUUUCUGGAAUCAGAUUUUCUCUUAUAUUGAGUCUCAAAUGUAGAGAUCAGAAACCAAAUCUUCAUAGCAGUAGCUCCUCUAACAAUGCACAAUGUAAAUCCUUUGCUAUAUUUUGUCUUUUGGUCAAAUACAUCAAUCUAGACUUCAAAUUAUUUUAAAGAAAAUAAGCUGUAUGCAUUUGCUGA